GGGCACAUGGUGGGUUAGGAUGAGGGCGGCAGGGUAGGGGCAUCCUACUUCGUGUGGCGGGUCAGGUAAGGAUGUCUCUAGGAGGAGAAGCCUCAGUCGAGUCUUACAGAGUCGGGAGAAGGGAAGACAUUCAGGAACAGCAGAGGGAAACAAACCCUGGACGAGAGAGAGGCUUCAGGUGUCCAUCGUUCUAUUUUGACUUCUGCAUAGACUCCAGCAGAGGGCGCGCGGGCGAGAGGGUGCUGAGGCCCCGGGGCGCCGCUCUAGCCUGACCCGGGUCAUAGAGUCGCGGCGCUUCCGGCCCCGGCGGGCAAGGAGCCGGAAGUCCGGUGGGCCCCGGCGUCGAGAUGGAGGAGGGCGAGUACGAGUCGGUGCUCUGUGUCAAGCCGGAGGUCCAUGUCUACCGCAUCCCGCCGCGGGCCACCAACCGUGGCUACAGGGCUGCGGAGUGGCAGCUAGACCAGCCAUCAUGGAGUGGCCGGCUGCGGAUCACUGCAAAAGGGCAGGUGGCCUACAUCAAGCUGGAGGACAGGACCUCAGGGGAGCUCUUUGCUCAGGCCCCCGUGGAUCAGUUUCCUGGCACAGCCGUGGAGAGCGUGACGGAUUCCAGCAGGUACUUCGUGAUCCGCAUUGAAGAUGGAAACGGGCGACGGGCGUUCAUUGGAAUUGGCUUCGGGGACCGAGGUGAUGCCUUCGACUUCAAUGUCGCAUUGCAGGACCAUUUCAAUGCCUUUUGAAUAAGGAUGAGGAAAUGGCGUCAGAGGAGUCUCGGGAGAGGUGGACUUCCGUGUGUCUGUUGCCCAUUACCUCCCCCUCCUGUGUGAGUGCUCGGAGGCUGGACAUGAGGAGGCGCGGGUGGAGAGGAGCUCCUCAGAGCUGUGGUACACUGAAGGUGAGCACUUGGGUUCUGGAGGCAGACCUGGGCUUCGGAUCUAGGCUGUGUGCUGCUUAGGUGUGUGACCACAGGCUCCUUCCUUAAGCUGGGUGUCACUCAGAUGAGGCACUUAAAGUGCCAGCAAGUGCCCAUCCUAUAGUUUGAUCUUAAUCACCUUUGUCUAGAAUCAGGUAACAUCCCCAGAGCUGUUCCUCAUAAUGGUGAUGGAGAGGAAACGGCCGUCAAGGAUCUAACCUGAAAAGCAUCUUGAGGGGUCUGGGGGGCAAGGGACAGAUUGGUGCUCUCCGUCACCAUCCACCAUUCUGGGAUCCCAGCAGAAAAAAACCUGCUAUGGGACCAGGGUCCCCAGGAACACCCCUGAUACCAAAUCAGGCAUGUCUUCAAUUAUACCUCUGGACUGAAGCUUCCAAAUGGGUGGGGGUGGGGGAAAACGGAUGGUAGGAGCUGGGCACUGGGUUGGGGGCUGUGCGAUUUGAGCUGCUCUCUAUACAGCAGGAGGGUUUGGAUACACUGAGGUGUGGCACAGAUGCUAAGGUGCACCCCGCAAUCCCCAACUGGUGUUCACACCCUGGUGUGUAAUUCCCUCCUUUCAGCGUAGGCUCGACCUGUGACCUCUAACCAGCAGAAUAAAGCAAAGAUGACAAAA